GUGUGUGGAUGUGUGAGUGAGAGGGAACGAGAGUUAAGAGAAAGAAAGAAGUGAGAGGGGAUGUAAACUCGAAUACAUUUCAAAGUGCCUCGGAUGGAUGAAAAUGGGCAAAAACACAACUGUUCAGGCUUCAGAUUGUAACUGAUGAUCUGAGGAAAAAUGAGGUGCUCGAUGAAUUUUCGUUUGUAUUUUUUUGCGAGCGGGGGAGGUGUUGAGAUUUUCUUUUCUUCUUUUUUUUUUUUUUCGGGGGGGUGGGGGGGGGAUGCAUCCCAGGCAGCCCGACCCGGAGCGAGCCGCGUCUCCCCGCCGGAGCCCCCCCACCCAUUUCUUUGCUGAACUUGCAAUUCCGUGCGCCUCGGCGUGUUCCCCCUCCCCCCUUCCCUCCGUCCCCUCCCCUCCCCGGAGAAGAGAGUUGGUGUUAAGAGUCAGGGAUCUUGGCUGUGUGUCUGCGGAUCUGUAGUGGCGGCGGCGGCGGCGGCGGCGGCGGGGAAGGAGCAGGAGCGGGCGCGGGCGCCGGAGAGGAGGUGGUGGUGGUGGAGGCAGUGGUUAGACAUGAACGCCGCCUCGGCGCCGGCGGUGCACCGACAGCCCCUUCUCGCGCGCGGGCGGUUUGUGUGAUUUUGCUAAAAUGCAUCACCAACAGCGAAUGGCUGCCUUAGGGACGGACAAAGAGCUGAGUGAUUUACUGGAUUUCAGUGCGAUGUUUUCACCUCCUGUGAGCAGUGGGAAAAAUGGACCAACUUCUUUGGCGAGUGGACAUUUUACUGGCUCAAAUGUAGAAGACAGAAGUAGCUCAGGGUCCUGGGGGAAUGGAGGACAUCCAAGCCCGUCCAGGAACUAUGGAGAUGGGACUCCGUAUGACCAUAUGACCAGCAGGGACCUUGGGUCACAUGACAAUCUCUCUCCACCUUUUGUCAAUUCCAGAAUACAAAGUAAAACAGAAAGGGGCUCAUACUCAUCUUAUGGGAGAGAAUCAAACUUACAGGGUUGCCACCAGCAGAGUCUCCUUGGAGGGGACAUGGAUAUGGGCAAUCCAGGAACCCUUUCGCCCACCAAACCUGGCUCCCAGUACUAUCAGUAUUCUAGCAAUAACCCCCGACGGAGGCCUCUUCACAGUAGUGCCAUGGAGGUACAGACAAAAAAAGUUCGAAAAGUUCCUCCAGGUUUGCCAUCUUCAGUCUAUGCUCCAUCAGCAAGCACUGCCGACUACAAUAGGGACUCGCCAGGCUACCCUUCCUCAAAGCCAGCAGCCAGCACUUUCCCUAGCUCCUUCUUCAUGCAAGAUGGCCAUCACAGCAGUGACCCUUGGAGCUCCUCCAGUGGGAUGAGUCAGCCUGGCUACGGAGGAAUGUUGGGCAAUUCUUCUCAUAUUCCACAGUCUAGCAGCUACUGCAGCCUGCAUCCACAUGAGCGUUUGAGCUAUCCAUCACACUCCUCAGCAGACAUCAAUUCCAGUCUUCCUCCGAUGUCCACUUUCCACCGUAGUGGCACAAACCACUACAGCACCUCCUCCUGCACGCCUCCUGCCAACGGGACGGACAGUAUCAUGGCAAAUAGAGGAAGCGGGGCAGCAGGCAGCUCCCAGACUGGAGACGCUCUGGGGAAAGCACUUGCUUCGAUCUAUUCUCCAGAUCACACUAACAACAGCUUUUCAUCAAAUCCUUCAACUCCUGUUGGCUCUCCUCCUUCUCUCUCAGCAGGCACUGCUGUUUGGUCAAGAAAUGGAGGUCAGGCCUCAUCAUCUCCCAAUUAUGAAGGACCCUUGCACUCCUUGCAAAGCCGAAUUGAAGAUCGUUUAGAAAGACUGGAUGAUGCGAUUCAUGUUCUCCGGAAUCAUGCAGUGGGCCCAUCCACAGCUGUGCCUGGUGGUCAUGGAGACAUGCACGGGAUCAUUGGACCUUCUCAUAAUGGAGCAAUGGGUGGUCUGGGCUCAGGGUACGGAACCGGCCUUCUUUCAGCCAACAGACAUUCACUCAUGGUUGGGGCCCAUCGUGAAGAUGGUGUGGCCCUGAGAGGCAGCCAUUCUCUUCUGCCAAAUCAGGUUCCGGUUCCACAGCUUCCAGUCCAGUCUGCAACUUCCCCGGACUUGAACCCACCCCAGGACCCUUACAGAGGCAUGCCACCAGGACUUCAGGGGCAGAGUGUCUCCUCCGGCAGCUCUGAGAUCAAAUCUGACGAUGAGGGUGAUGAGAACCUGCAAGACACAAAAUCUUCUGAGGACAAGAAAUUAGACGACGACAAGAAGGAUAUCAAAUCAAUUACUAGCAAUAAUGACGAUGAGGACCUGACUCCAGAGCAGAAGGCAGAACGUGAGAAGGAACGGAGAAUGGCCAACAACGCCCGGGAGCGCCUGCGGGUCCGAGACAUCAACGAGGCUUUCAAGGAGCUCGGCCGCAUGGUGCAGCUCCACCUCAAGAGUGACAAGCCUCAGACCAAGCUCCUGAUCCUCCACCAGGCCGUGGCUGUCAUCCUCAGCCUGGAGCAGCAAGUCCGAGAAAGGAAUCUGAAUCCGAAAGCAGCAUGUCUGAAAAGAAGGGAGGAAGAGAAGGUGUCCUCAGAGCCUCCCCCACUCUCCUUGGCUGGCCCGCACCCCGGAAUGGGAGAUGCAUCCAAUCACCUGGGACAGAUGUGAAAGGGUCCAAGUUGCCACAUUGCUUCAUUAAAACAAGAGACCACUUCCUUAACAGCUGUAUUAUCUUAAACCCACAUAAACACUUCUCCUUAACCCCCUUUUUUGUAAUAUAAGACAAGUCUGAGUAGUUAGGAAUCACAGACGCAAGAGGUUUCAGCAUUCCCAAUUAUCAGAAAACAGAAAAACAAACAAAAAAAAAAAAGAAAGAAAAAAGUGCAACUUGAGGGACGACUUCUUUAACAUAUCAUUCAGAAUGUGCAAAGCAGUAUGUACAGGCUGAGACGCAGCCCAGAGACUGAAUGGCAAUCUUUCCACACUGUGGAACAAUGCAUUUGUGCCUAAACUUCUUUUGGAAAAAAAAAAUAUAGUUAAUUUGUAAGUCUGAAAAAAAUAUUUAAUUUAAAAAAAAUUGUAAACUUGCAAUAAUGAAAAAGUGUACUUCUGAAGAAAAACUACAUGAACGUUUUUGUUGGUAUUCAAGUCAGCUAGUGUUUAUUAUUACUGGAUAUUGAAUAGGGGGAGCUCGGCUGCCCUAGUCACAAAACCAGCAAACGUCCUGAUGACAAGAAGUGAUGACAUUAGCCAUUCCUUAGGGUAGGAGGAACAGAUGGAUCUUAUAGACCUAUGACAAAUAUAUAUAUAAAUAUAUAUAUAAAUAUAUAUUAAAAAUUUAGUGACUAUGGUAAGCUUUUGUUCAUUUGUUUCAGACUUUUUUUCUCCUGUAAAAAAAUAGUACUGAUUAACUUUUUUAAAAGAAAGAUUUUACUGUAAAUAUGGAUUUUUUUUUUUUGGGCGGGGGGGUCUUAUUUCUGUCCCUUUCCCCAGUUUGUUACCAUAACCUGUAGUGCCAACUCUGCUUCUGGAGGGGCAGUGCAGGAGGAAAUGCUGACCCUGAUGUUGCUUCUCAUUCAUAAAUAAGUAGAAAGUCGUUUCUCCAGUCUUUUGGGAACACAGGACUUAAAAGUCACAUCAUGUGUAGAUAUUACAAGCAGCAUUACCAAGACAUGGCAAAACUGUUGUCUGACUUGUAAUGUUGCAUUUGUGACCCUAUUCUGGGAUUUUCAGAGGUACAAGGUUAGAAUGCUACAAUGUUACCACUGUGCCUUCCAAUGUUUAUAUCAUCGGAAACAUAACAUAAUCAAAGUGGCUGUGAUUUAACAAAACGAUUAAAGUGUUACCUACCUGUGUAGCCGGAGUAGUGUGCAGUGAGGCGUUUCUGAAUACAUGGUCAGAUUUUUGGAAAAAAAAAAACACAAAAAAACAAAAACAAAAACAAAAAAAAAAUGAAGUUCAAAAACCGUCAAAUGAGAAAAUUGCAAGUAGUGUGACAGAGCUGAUUGAUUUUGUUGCUUUCUUGAUUUUUUUUCAAAAUGGGUUUACUAAAAAGUAGAUGACUUAACUAACCUGCCUCCUCCUUCGUCUGAAAAUGCCAAUAUUCAGUCAUCCUGCAGCAUUAUAAUAAGCCUUAUAAGUCCUAAAGCAUUAAGUUGCACUUUUUUGAGGAGGGGUAGUGCAGUAUUUCUCUGGCCAGUAUGAAUGAAGUUUAUACUUAACCAUAUUUGAUAGAAACGUAGACCAAGCUAUGGCACAGCAACUCAUCAGAUAGCUAGCUUUGACGUCUGGGCACAAUUGAACCAAUUUCCAUCGUAAAUCUUUCUAAUGAUUGACUUUGGUGUAUAGUGCAGUAAACAAAUAGUGCUCCUAGUUAAGUAUUUGUCAGCAUCCUUUCGUGUCUAACUCGUUUCUAUUUUUACAGCCACACAAUCUUGGCAUGUAUUAAGAAAAAAAAAAAAAAACAAUCCCUGUUCAAGUAGUUUUUCCACCUAUCAGCACUGAGUAAAUGCCAUAAAUCCAUCGAAAUGGUCUAAAUGUUCCAUCUGUUCUCCUGUUUUGCCAGUUAUAUAGUAAUGAAAUACAUUUGUAAAUUUUAUGCAACAAAUGGCAAACGUAUCCUUAUUUUGAAAUUGUGUAUGUAAAAGUUAUAUUUUUACAUGUAGACUCUUGUUAUUAUGUGUUUUAAUACAUUGUAUCAGUUUUUGUUUUUCUAAACUGUGUGGUUUUAAAAAAAAAGUCUCAUUUAAAUGAUAUAGUGAGCUACAAGAAUCUGAAUUUUAUGUUCAUUUCUGAAAAUGUAAGAACAAAUAAGAUAGUUACCACGUGGUCAUCUUUAUAAACCCAUAAACAUUUUGAUUAGCUGUGUGUGUGUGUUGAAAACUGUAAAUAUGUUCAGUAGCGAUAAAACUAAAAUACUUUGAUUUGUUGAUAAGUUCCUACAAUGUGGAGGUGGAUUAAAACCUUAGGAGAAUAGCAGAAAUCAGACUUCAUGAAAAGUUUUUCUGGGGCUUUCCUGAGAAUCGUUCUAUCAAAGGAGCUCAAAAAAGGGUAUGGAAGACAAUAAUGUAUACUCUCCCCUCCUCCUGGAAUAAUGGAAACCAUGUGAACUUGUUCCCUCAGUAUGUUAAAGAUUUCCUUUUAGUGGUCCAUUCUGCACUCAUUUUGUAUAGUCUCAAGGCGGGUAUCCCUAGGAACAAUAUUAUAUAGGAAGCAGGUAUACUCUGAUCACAUUCAGGAUAAGUGUACAGAAGGGAAUACGGUGUUUACUCUUUAGGGAACUGGAAGCUCCCUGCAUUGAUGUACAUGUUCAGAGGGCACUUUUGAUACAUGUUAUCAGAAAGGUGCUUCAUAGAGCUAAAUUAAAGUUUUUCAGAUCUGUAAACAAAGCAAAACAUUAAA